GGAUCCUCGCUUUCGAAAGCCUCGCCAUCCAUCCAUCAACUCACGCAUGCGCAAACAGGCCUCAAAACGUCACAGGCAACAGAGGAGAGCCGAGGAGAGCAGGCGCUGCGACAAACUUUUGCCUUUUAUGACGCUGAUGUAAGUUGGACCGAUGGCGAACCUUGAGCUGGACCCCAUGUUCCGGAGGGGGCUGCGGCUGCUGCACUCCCGGAGCAGGGAUUCCGUGGACCAGUUGAAGGCCUUGCUUGAUGAGGCCAUACGACAGCGGCAGGGAAAGCCAGUGCAUAUGGAUUCAUUCAGCUUGCGGAGGGAAUCUCCCAUUCCGCGUUCCAAGCCAGGAAGUCCAAUUCCAGUCUCUCUAUCCAAACGAGAAGAAAUCAAGAAGGAUAUGGAAAGGAAAAUAAGUCUACAGAUGCGUGAUGAUGAUGGACUAGGGGCCAAGAGACCACGUCUGGACUCUCCGAGUGCCUUCAAAUCCCACACUCCAUCUCCAACGCCCUCACUGAAGUCAGAGAGUUCAUCCCGGAGCCGCAAAUCAGACGAGAGCGAAUCGGACACUGAUAUGAAUGACAUUGCUAUGGAGAUAAUGGAUGGCAUCAACUGCACUGUUUGCAAGAGCUUUGAGGUCACCCCACGCAAUCGCCUUGUGGAAUGCCAGGAAUGCCACUCCCUGUACCACCAGGAGUGCCACAAACCUCCUGUCACAGACCAAGAUGUCAAUGACCCCCGUCUAGUGUGGUAUUGUGCCAAAUGUGCCAAGUCCUUGAAAAAACAGACUAGUAUUGUUAGUGCUACUGGUGGCGGCACUCUGUCGGGCACUCGGGGUGUCAGUGGUGGCGGAAUGCCCAGUAUGGCCAGUGGGAGCAAGUCAGGCAGCUCCCUCUCUCGGCCGACACCUUCCCCUACCAAGGGCUUGGGUCUCUCUCGUCUCUCGCCCUUUACAAACCUCUCUUCGGCUUCUGGGAGAGCCUUAGGAACAAACAAUGGUGGGAACAGCAACAAUGGCAACAACAAGUCAUCUCUCUCAUCGUCGUCAUCGUCAUCAGGGAAAUCUUCUGCGCCCUCUAACUCGAUGAUCACGGCUGAAAGAAGGAUGCACUUGAUGAAGAAGAAAGCUGCUGCUAAAAUGGCAGAGAAAAGGAAAUUAUAAAAUGUAUUUAUUCAUCCAAAUAUUUUCUGAUGCCGGUUUCAGAUAUCUGAUGUAGAAGACGUGUCUGAAUUCAGUAUAUAUACAAGUUGUAAAGUGCCAUUAGGCAUUGUUCCCAGAUUUAAAAACUUGGAACACACUAAUCAAGUGAUAUAUGUGCAGCCAUAUGACUGCCAUAUAGUGGCAUAUGGGAUACAAAGGAAAGCCUGCCAUUGUUAGAGGAAUUUUGAAAAAAGUAAAACAUUCAUAGGUCUGAAAUAUGAUAUGGAAUGAAAACUAUGUAUCUGAACAUGAAAUAGAGAAGAAUAUGUAUCAUAUUUAGUCAACACUACAAAUUUAUCAGAUAUUCUCAGAACAAGUAUUUUAUUAGCUUACCUCAGAAUCUUGUCAAAUCUAGCCUUAAUUGAAAUAGAAAAAAGUGAAACGAAAAAAAUAGAGGAUGUCAUGUCUAAUUCAUCUGAGAAAUAUUUUUGUUCUUUACAAAUCAGCUAAGUUACCAGUGUACUGCCUGGUGAUGAUUUUUUUUUCUUUUUCUUUCAUUUUUUUUACUUCUUAAACAUUCAGUUAUUGUCACAAGAUUGACAAGCAUAUUAUGUAAGGUGUAACCGUAACUCAGUCAUCAUAAUUUUGAAAGUGUCUGUAUGGCAUUCACUUAGAACUGACGUAGUAUUUCAAAAUUAUUUUCCUGUUUUAAGGAAAAAAAAAAGUUAUUGUUCAGUAUAAGAACACUGAAAGAUCACUCUAGAAAAAUAUGUAUAUACCUUCAAAACAGGUAAUUGUAUAGACAUUAUUAUUUUUUCACAAAUGACAGUCAUGAUAUUUGUGUAUAUAGCUUCUGUGAGCGUGAUAACAAUGUCAUAUGAUUAUCAAAAUGACAUGAACAUAGAUUGUAUGGUUAUAAUGCUAAGUAGAUGUGAGUUAUUAACGCUAUGAUUAGAAGAUUGUAAUUACUCUAUAUUUGUGAUUGCAAUUUUGAUAAUGAUUACAUAUGUGACUGUUAGUAGCCUCCAUCUUCUGUUAUUGCUGUAGCUUGUAUGUUUCAUCUUCAUUGUAUCUUCAUUGUUUUUGAUGAUAAUUAUAUUAUACAUAUAAUGGUGAUGACAGUUGGCAUUUAUUUUUGUCUGUCAAAAAUAGUGUUCCACGGUCGUGUUGUUAUGCUGGAUGAUUUUUAACUGUGCUGCAUUACCUUAUGUCUCUUUCUUAUUUUAUUAGAUAUUUCAAUAGUAUUAUUUUGCAUAUCCAUUAUGUUAUUGAAGUCAGUGGAGUGAGAGUAACAUUAUGUUUUGGUGAAAAUGUGCAAAACAAUGUCUUCUAUUGAUUUUCUUGAUCUAUAGAAAUAUUCCUAGAUGUAGAAAUUAAAUCAGGAUCUGUGAUAAUAAAGACACUGAAAUAUCCAAA